UCCGGCUCUUAGCCGAGGCUGGGGGAGGGGGCUGGGGCCUGCGCGGUCGGAACUCGCGCCUUCGGGCCGAGCCCCCCGGCCGAGGCGCACACACGCUCCGGCGCGGGCACACACCUCGGACAUUCCCAUAGUGCCUCACGUGACACUCGGCCCGAACGUGCCCACCCUGCCCACACGCUCACGCACGCGUGCUCACACGCGCGCGCACAACCUCUGGCCGCUUCCGAACUCCGCGCUGACCCCCCGCCCUCCGGCCCGCAAAUGCGCUCAUUGACGGCGGCACACCUACACUCAUUCACAGACACGCUCCCCCCACAUGCCAGCCACAGCCACACAUUCAUCCACAGGGCCGGGAGAAGUACACACGCACCCCCUCGCUGCCUACUCGUUUGGGAGCCCUGAGUCAUCCCUGCCCCCUCUCGGGGCUCCCCACUUCCCUAAGUGCAGGCACAGAGGGACAGGCUGGAGCCUCCUUUGGUGGCCCCCGUCCCCCUAGGCCCCCUUGCCCAGUGUGCUGCCUCUGACACUCAGCUAAGGACUUCCUGUGGGUCCCAGGUCAGGGGCCACCUGCGCCCGGACGGUUGCCACAGCCCCGGCGUAGCUAGGGAGGCGCUUCCUUUUCCUGAACUCUGGGAUCCUGCGGGAGGAAGUUGGGCGGGGGCCGCAGAGGCCGGGCUGACUGGUGGGACUGGCCUUCCUUAGGAGCAGGCGACAGAGGCCUGGGAUGGCCGCUGUCCAGGAGGCCCAGUGUGGGCUGAAGCUCUUACCAUGGAGUCCAUGUUUGAAGAUGACAUCAGCAUCCUGACCCAAGAAGCUUUGGGGCCCAGUGAGGUGUGGCUGGAUGGUCCUGGAGACUCCUCUCUUGGAGGAAACAUGUGUUCUGCCUCCCAUUUUGCUCUCAUCACAGCCUAUGGAGAUAUCAAGGAGCGGUUAGGGGGUCUGGAGAGAGAGAAUGCCACCCUCCGCCGUCGCCUCAAAGUCUAUGAGAUCAAGGCUUCUCUGAGGACUGCCCUUCCACAGUACCCGCUGAUCACUGACUUUGGAGAGGAGCAUGGCUUCCCUUUGUAUGAAAUCAAGGAUGGCUCCCUGCUGGAGGUAGAGAAGGUCAGUCUGCAGCAACGACUCAACCAGUUCCAACAUGAGUUGCAGAAGAGUAAGGAGCAGGAAGAGCAGCUCGGGGAGAUGAUCCAGGCUUACGAGAAACUCUGUGUGGAGAAAAACGACUUGGAGACAGAGCUGGGGGAGAUGCGGGCCCUGGUGGAGACCCACUUGCGGCAGAUCUGUGGUUUAGAGCAGCAGCUGCAGCAACAGCAAGGCCUCAGGGAUACAGCCUUCCCCAGCCUGAGCCCCCCACCUGCCCCUGCCACAACCUGUCCUGACCUGGACCUGCACUAUCUGGCUUUGAGAGGGGGACCUGCCUUGGGUCAUGCAGGUUGGCCUGGCCCUACCAGUGUAAGUGUGAGCGAGCUGGAGCGGAGGCAGCUGGAAGAAGCUCUGGAGGCUGCGCAGGGGGAGGCCCGGGGGGCUCAGCUGCGGGAAGAGCAACUCCAGGCUGAAUGUGAGAGGCUGCAGGGAGAGCUGAAGCAGCUGCAGGAGACCCGAGCCCAGGAUCUGGCCUCCAACCAGUCGGAAUGUGACAUGGCUUGGGUAAAGAGAGUUGGGGACGAUCAGGUGAACUUGGCACUGGCCUACACAGAACUGACAGAAGAGCUGGGCCGGCUACGGGAGUUGAGUUCCCUGCAGGGGAGGAUCUUGAGGACUCUGCUGCAGGAGCAGGCCCGGAACGCAGGCCAAAGGCACUCGCCGCUGUCACAACGCCACUCCCCGGCCCCCGCGUGCCCCUCACCCUCCCCACCUGCCCGACCGCAGCCCUGUGCCCCGUGCCAGUCCCCCGCCGCCCAGCGCCGCUCGCCCGUGCCCCCAUGCCCUUCGCCCCAGCAGCGCCGCUCGCCCGCCUCGCCCUCCUGCCCGUCGCCUGUCCCACAGCGCCGCUCGCCGGUGCCUCCAUCGUGCCAGUCACCCAGCCCGCAGCGCCGCUCACCGGUGCCACCCAGCUGCCCGGCCCCGCAGCCCCGGCCACCACCGCCGCCCGGGGAGAGGACGCUGGCGGAGCGUGUCUACGCCAAGCCGCCCAGCCACCACGCUAAGGCCGGCUUUCAGGGCCGCCGCAGCUACUCGGAGCUAGCGGAGGGCGCGGCCUAUGCUGGUGCCUCCCCCGCCUGGCUGCAGGCCGAGGCCGCCACGCUCCCCAAGCCCCGCACCUACGGCAGCGAGCUCUAUGGCCCAGGCAGGCCGCUCAGCCCGCGCCGAGCCUUCGAGGGCAUCCGCCUACGCUUUGAGAAGCAGCCAUCGGAGGAAGAGGAGUGGGCCAUGCCCGCCAGCCCUCCCAGUCCCGAAGCGGGCACCAUCCGCUGCGCCUCAUUCUGUGCAGGCUUCCCCAUCCCGGAGUCACCUGCAGCCACCUCCUAUGCCCACGCCGAGCACGCACAGUCCUGGCCAUCCAUCAAUCUACUGAUGGAGACGGUGGGCUCUGACAUCCGCAGUUGCCCCCUUUGCCAGCUGGGCUUCCCUGUUGGGUACCCAGAUGAUGCUCUCAUCAAACACAUUGACUCCCACCUGGAGAACAGCAAGAUCUAGGGCGUCUCUCCCCCAACUGGCUGUUUCUCUGCUCUCUCAUCACCCCCCCAGACACUCACUCACUUUGAAUGCUGCAUGAAUCUCGUGGGGGGCCCCUGCCCCUUGCGGUCCCCAGAUACCUCCACUAGCUACCGAGUCAAUGUGUGUGCCGUCUUCCCUGGUCCAGGCACCACUCAGCUCUGGCUCUUUCUUGGAGGCUGACCAAGGCUCUCUCCAUCUUCCUGGUUUCCUCUGGGGAGUGGAGAUCUGGUCUGGGAUGGGGAGGACAUACCCUCCACCUCUCUCUCUGCCUUUCUGUUUUCCAACAAGGUUGAAUCCAAGAGGAAGUCUAGUGUUUGGGGAGGGAGAGGAGGAGCGGCCAAGAGCUCUGGGAGCCCCUUCCUAACUGUCCAUAUUUCCUGGGCGAUGUUCUUCCAGGGAAGACCUCUUGAGAGGGUCACAGAGCUUGCCCUGCACACUGAUGCCAGCCCUCUGUCUCAUGCCCGACCAGCCUGGGGAUCAUGGUAUUGAGGAAGGAGCAUCUUGUUUCUUGUUAGUCUCUGCAGGCCAGCUCUGAUCUCCCCCUCUGCCCACUCUGGGGAGCAGGGAAGGUGACAGUGGGGUGGGAGGAGCCUGCAGGCCUUGGAUGAUCCACCCCAAAGGGGCUACCUUCUCCUGGGCCAUCUCCCUCAGUCCAGGGGACUGUCUGCCAGCCCUCACAGGCCUGGACCCUUCCAGAGGCCCUGGCACUAAGGUGCAGAUCAUCAAGGCAGAUGCCUCCAUGUUCCCCACUGCAGCUCCUGACACCAUAUGCGCCCUGGAGCCCAGUUGUGACUCAGCCUGUAUUUGCUGGGUGGGUGUCAUCAGCCCCUCCCUCCCAGGCCAGAACCUGAGAAUGGGCCCAGGGUGCUGUGGAGAUCAACUUCAAAAGAGCUAAUCCCCUUCCCAAACCCACCCACCCAACCCUAUAUUCCCUCUGUGAAAUCUACCUCAGAGUCAUCCCCUCAGAAAGACAGGGGAGUGGGAGGCUGGGGUCCCAGGCUGAGGUGGGAGCCUCCUGAGGGAGCCUGCUGCCCACUAUGAAUCCACCCCUCACUUGAGCCUCCCUGGGGCCUUGGCCAGCUGAUGGCAGUGGAAAACCACUGUCCAUCACAUGUGCCAUUCUGAUCCAAAUCUUCCAGGCCCUCUCCCCACACCCCUCCUUCCUCUGUGCAGGGGUGAGGGGUAUGUCAGCAGGGAAGGGGCCAAGGACUCCAGAGAUGCAUUGUUGUACCCUGAGUGUUCCCCAGGGAGGGGACAUGGGGAAGGGGGCUGUAGAGGGGAGAGAGGGCUCUUGUGCUCUCUGAACAAGUUGAAAGUCCAAAUAAAACUUACCUGUUCCA